GAGGCUUAGAACGCUAGCGAACGCUUAACGCAAAACACACGCGCAGCAGCAGCAAAAAAGAAAUAGACAAAAAAAAAACAGCAGCAGCAGCAGCAGCAGCGAGCAGCAGGGCAAACAAAAAACGUCAAAAAGACGACAAUAACCGCGCACGAUAAAAGUCGCCAGCGGCCAAAAACGCGCUCAUUGCGUGCGCUGUUUUCGCAACGGUAAAUUAGGUAGCACAGCUGCAGAGAGUCUGGCAGCGGAUAUCAGAUACAGAGAUACACAGAGCCAUAGAUACGCGCAGCUAGGAUGAGGAUGAGGCUCGCAUUUGCUGGAUUAAUUGUGUGUUGGCUGGCAGUUUGUCAACCGCAAGUUGAGGCGCAGUUCGUACCGUUCGGGCAGCCGGUAUUUGGCGGGCAGCCGGCAUUUGGCGGACAGCCUGGCUUCUUCGGAGGAGGUGGACGCGGACGUCAGGGCUCCACAUCCAGAGCGAAUACCAACGCCUACGAGCGCCAGGUGGACUUUGGCAACGAUGUCGAAUACACGCAGGGUUUAUCCAACUCGCGCGCGGUAACGCGACAGAAUGGACAGCGUGUCGUCUCCAACAGUCAGGCGCUCACGCGUGAUUUGGAUCUGGGUGGCCUGGAGUUGGGCAACACGUUCACGCGCACGCGCACCAAUGCGAACGGCGCUGUCAGCGGCGGCGUGGCCAAUCAGUUCCGCAUUGGCAAUUUGGGUCUGGGCGCCUCUCUGUCGCCGGACAAUCUCCGCCAGGGCUUCGGACUGCAGCGUGGCGCCGAUGGAGAUGUGCGCUUGGGCUUGGGUCUGCUCAGUUUCGAUCUGGACAACAAUGUGCAAAACAGCAACACGCUCAGCCAGGCGCAAGUGAACGCUCAGGGUCGCGGCUCACGCGUCCGCGCCAACAGCAACAGCCUCACCAAUAAUCAGCAAUAUGGCGGCGUCAACGUCAAGGAGACGUACAGCAACUCGAAUGCCUUCGGACGCUCGCGUUUCGGCCAGACGUCCGCCAAUGCGGGCGGCUUCGGCGAGAAUGCUGCCUCACGUGGCUUCAACUAUGGCGGUGGCUUCCGCCAGCGCCGCACCCCGCAAUUAGCCUACCGCCCGCAGCCAGUGUACAAUCGCCGCCAGUUGCGGCCCAAGCGUCAUGCCCAGUACUCGCCUUUCGGCUAUCCCCAGCAGGGCUACAACAACUUUGGCUAUGGCGGCUACAGCGGCUUCGGCAACUAUGACGACGCGGAACGUCCUCGUCGCCAGUUCGGACGUCCGUUCAGCGGAUUUUUCUUCGGCGGACAGGACAACUUCGGUGGCGGCUUCAGAGAGCCAAGUUUCAACAAUGAGGGCGGCCAUAAGCGCGGCCAGACACACUCGUCGGGCAAUGCAGGUGCCACGGGCGGUCCGGGCUUCAAUCAGCAGGCGGCCAGCAACAACUUUGCCAAUCAGAAUGCGGACGGUUCACAGAAUGGGGGCAGCAGCAGCAUCGGAUCCAAUUUGGCUGCAGACGGCAGCAGCGGCCAAGUGAGCUCAGCGAACACCAACCAACAGUCGGGCAACGGCCAGAGCUCGAACGGCGCACAGAGCCAGGCGCUCAACUUCAAGCCCGGCGAGCAGCAGGCGUCCAGCUCGAAUGCGAACACCCAGCAUACGCAGAAUGGCAACAGCGAAACGAUCGGCUCCAACAGUGGCUCCACGGCCACCAACAACAAUAAGCAUGGCAGCUCCAGUAACACGGCCAACACGAACACACAGGUAGUGCGCAACGGCAACCAGGAGACGGUCACAUCCGACGCCAACAGCCAGUCGAUCUUCCAGGGCAACAACAAUCGGGGCAACGCCGCUGCCAACACCAAUGCGAACGUCAGCUCGCAGCGCAAUCCGAACGGCUCCGUGACGAACUCAGCGUCGAGCAGCGCCAGCGCCAGCAGCCAGAACGGACAGUCGGCCAAUGCGAGCGCCAAUGCCAGCGCCGGCGGCAAUGGCAAUGGAGCUGGAGCGGACGCCAAUGCCAACGGCGGAUUUGACGGCAAUAGACGUGGCGGCGCCGGCGGCAAUGCCAAUGCCAACAGCAAUGUCUUCGGCGGCUUCAAUAGCCCCUUCUUUGGAUUCGGCCGUUAGUAGCGUCACAGUCAAUAUGAACAGCACCACCAACAACACCACCAACAGCACCAACACCACCUUCUCUAUAUAGUAUGGUCACUCUAAUAACUCGUGUUUUUUUUAAUUAGCCAACGAAUCACUUUAAG